CUAUUUCCCCCCUUCCUUUACUCCACCAUAGUUUGGCUGGCUUCCAUCGCAGUGCCAUAUGACCAAUCCCACUCUGCAUUGGCCGGUGGGAUCAUGCCUAAACAUUAUUGCUUCUCUAAAGGCGGCGGCGUGUGAUUAUAAGAGGUCUGUAGUCGCUGGAAAACAACCGGAGAAUUCAAAUUAUUUUGUGGAGUCGUUGUGAUCUGAACAGCAAACAAAAAGUCCGUUUUUUUCUGCGCCUCCGCCUGUCUUCUUCCCCAAAUUGCUACUGUGAACGCACUCGCACAAAGUGGUGUAUUUAUAUAGAAGAAUACAGUAGUUGAUCACAUCUAGAACAGCUGCAGAGCUCUCUCCCUUGAUUAUUCCGAGGAAGAGACAGUAGUUUCUUAAUAGUAUUGCCCUGUCUGUGCAUAUGGUCAAACACUUUCUAAAUUGGAUUCUUGAGCUGGUUCUAAUUAAUGGUAUCUUGGGACUAUAGGGGUUUAUCUGUAGGCUCGAGUUUAGAUUCUCCAGAUCCUCAUUGGUCGAAGUGGAGAGAGAAUCUCCAGUCAAAUAACUUGGCAGAUCAGGUCUCCACUCCAGUUAGAAGAGAACUAGCUAGCAGAUUAUCUUUUGCCAUGAAGGCUCAUAGUAAAAGUGAUGAUGAUUUGGAAAGUGGCAAGUUGGAGAAAGACAGAGAAAGAUCACUACAGAAUAAGGCCUUACUAUCCGGGCUAUCAUAUUGUAUUUCUUCAUGCAGCAUGAUAUUGAUUAAUAAGUAUGUUUUGUCCAGCUAUGACUUUAAUGCAGGGAUAUCAUUGAUGGUCUACCAGAAUUUUGUCUCAGUGGUGUUAGUUUCUAUUUUGAACUUCGUUGGCAUAAUAUCCACAGAGCCGCUGACAUGGAAGCUAAUUAAAGUCUGGCUACCUGUUAAUUUUAUCUUUGUUGGGAUGCUUAUCACAAGUAUGUUUAGUCUGAAAUACAUUAAUGUUGCCAUGGUCACCGUCCUGAAGAAUGUUACUAAUGUGAUUACUGCUGUUGGUGAAAUGUAUCUUUUUAAGAAACACCAUGAUAGCAGAGUUUGGGCUGCUCUUUUCUUAAUGGUAAUUUCAGCAAUCUCUGGAGGAAUUACUGAUCUUUCUUUUAAUGUCAUUGGCUAUACAUGGCAGAUUAUUAAUUGUUUCUUGACGGCAUCAUACUCUUUAACUCUGCGUAGGAUCAUGGAUACCGCCAAGCAAGUCACAAAAUCGGGAAACCUUGAUGAGUUCUCAAUGGUCCUGCUGAAUAACACGCUAUCACUGCCGUUAGGCAUUGUGCUCGUCUUUUUGUUCAAUGAAGUGGAUUAUCUUGCUACUACACCACUCUUACAGUUACCCAUGUUUUGGCUGGUGAUAACUUUAAGUGGAUUUUUGGGCUUAGCAAUUAGCUUUACGUCUAUGUGGUUUCUUCACCAAACAGGUGCUACUACAUACAGCCUCGUGGGAUCGCUAAACAAGAUACCAUUAUCUGUGACCGGCAUCCUUCUAUUCAAAGUACCCACAAGCCUGGAGAACGCAACUAGUAUUUUCUUUGGCCUCUUGGCAGGAGUGUUUUUUGCCAGGGCAAAGAUGCGGGAACGAUAGUUGAAGAUAUCAAGUUAUGUAGAUCUUGAGUGUAGAAUAUUUGGACCGGUCAGUUAUGUGCAGUCUAAGCUCGUUUACUUCAUUGUAGUCGGGUCACAAGCCGAGCUUCACUUAAAGCACAUCUUUGGCAGUAGCCUGUGGGCUUUCCCGUAAAUUUAAGAGUGUAUAAUAUUUAUGUAACAACAUUAUCACUUUAAAAUGCAAGUGAUGACUACAAAAAACAAAAACAAAAAAGAAAUUAAAGAAGAAAAGAUUAAAUAAAUCUCACACUCCAGGGGCUCA